AGCAGUGGUAGUCUUCUGCUGCUAGUGGUUUCUGCUGAAAACAUGAAAGCAGUUGUUGAAAGCUUUGGCUUGUUUGUUGUGCUUUUCUGCCGUUACCUCUGACCAAAGCCUACUUUGCUUAAUAUGCUGCAUAUUUUGAAAAUGCACUGUGUUUCUUGCAGCAAGAUUAAUCCAGUGCUCGGUUUACAUCAAAUGUCACCUCAAAAUUUUGUUCGAAAUGUUCAUUUAUGUCGUGCCAUGAAAUCACCACCUUUUAAAUAUUUCUCAGAGUUUUUGCUGUGGCAAAAGAAGAAAAAUUUUGGGAAGUACAGCAUAGUGAGUCCCAGCAAUGUAACCGAACACCAACGAACUUUGCCUCCACACAUUCCCAAACCACCAUAUUUUUCUACUGGACAACCACCACCUGUCUCGUUUACUGUACCUGAAGUUAAAGACCAAAAUUCAGUGAAGGGAAUGAAACGUGCAUGUCGCCUUGCUAGAAAGGUUUUAGACCAUAUUGGAAGAGAAGCCAAAAUUGGUGUAACUACUGAAGAAUUGGAUAGAAUUGCUCAUGAACUUAUAAUAGAAGCUAAUGCAUACCCCUCACCUUUGUACUAUAAAGGUUUUCCGAAGUCAGUGUGUACUUCAGUCAAUAAUGUUGUUUGUCAUGGAAUCCCUGAUGAUAGACCUCUUGAGGAUGGAGAUAUAGUUAAUAUUGACGUCACAGUAUAUUUUGAUGGGUUCCAUGGAGACUGCUCAAAGACUUUCCUAAUAGGCAAUGUUGAUGAGUACGGAAGGAGGCUAGUUGAGGUGACGGAACUUUGUCUCAAAAAUGCCAUUGAAGUCUGCAAACCUCAUGUACCAUUCACUAUGAUAGGCAAUGUAGCUGAAGACACUGCAAGAAAUCAUGGUUUCACUGUUCUCCCAGCUAUUCUUGGACAUGGUAUUGGCUCAUACUUCCAUGGUCCUCCAGAAGUCUGGCAUGUUUGUAAUGAUUUUGGUGGAGAGAUGAGACCUGGAAAUACUUUUACAAUAGAACCAGCUGUCACACAAGGGGGCAUGGAGCUAGAACUUCUUGAUGACGGAUGGACUGUGAUAACAGCAGAUCAGGCAAGAACUGCUCAGUGUGAACAUACUGUGCUUAUAACUGAAAGUGGAGUAGAAAUACUAACAGAAUUAUCUCCUGAAUAAUGGAAGUUAAUAGUCUUGUAGUUCUCAAAAUACUGAUCGGUUGUGAACAUCAUAACAAGAACAAGAAAAGUAUACAUGAUACAAUGUACUAUAUUUUGAAUUAAAAAAUGCUUUUGAUCACAGUAUAA